ACCAGGAGGAUGCGCAGUUGGAUCCCAGUCAGAAACAUGCUGCGGAUGGUGCUGGUAUCAUGCCUGGUGGCUGGUGGGCUCUGCUCCAAGCUGCCACUGGGUCCGGAGCACCGCUCCUCGGGUUACUCCCAUGGUGGACACAGUGAGCACGCGGCAGCGCCGGCCGCCUUCCGCGGCAGUGGCUCCCAGCCGGCGGGCGCCUUCCGCGCCGCGUCGGGCGGCAUUGGCGGCUCCCUCGGCUCUGGGUUCUCGGCGCAGGCGUCUUCGGGCGCCGCCGGGUUCCGCGGCGGCCAGGCUCAGUUCGACGACGGCGGCUACCGGCCGGACCAGCGGGAGGGCGCGUUCGACGACGGCGGCUACCGGCCGGACCAGCUGGAGGGUGCGUUCGACGACGGCCUGUACAAGCCGACGCUGUACACUGGCGACGACGGCCUCUACAAGGAUGACCAGUACGCGCCCAACACGGACGCCUCGUACCAGUUCCAGUUCGACGCGGGCGACCACGGUCGCGAGGAGGCGGCCGACAGGGAAGGCGAGGUGGACGGCAACUUCUACGCCGUGCACCCGGACGGCGUGCGACGGGAUGUGGAGUUCACCGCCGGCCGCGAGGGGUUCGUGGUGACGCGAGACGAGUCGGUGCAGGGCCCCGUGCCAGAGUACGCGCUGCGCCAGGCGGCCAAGCCGCGCAAGGUGUACCCGCCGGCGGAGAUCCGGACCUCGCUGUCCGACGACGGCAUCUACCACUGGGAGUACGACGCCGGCGACUCGUCCCGCUCCGAGGACAUCGACACAAAGACCAACUACUACGAGGGCGACUUCCAGUUCGUGGCUGAUGAUGACCAGAACCGCUACCAGGUCACGUACAAGGCGGGUGCCGGCAUCGGUUUCGUGCCCGAGGGCGACCACUUGCCCAUGCAGGUGCAGGAGACACCCGAGGUGGCUGAAGCCAAAGCCGCCUUCCUGGAGAAGUACGCCGAGAUCGAAGCGGAGGCGAAGCAGUCGCUGGGCGCCGGGUACCAGCAGGCGAAUCAGCGUCAGGCUGCCGCCUUCAACGGCCAGAGGGCGCCUCAGAGCUCGGGAGCCUUUAGCGGUGAUAACGGCAACGGGUUUGUGGGCAGCAGACCUCGGCUGAACACGGGGACUGCGAACGGGGGUGCCUCGCCCUUUAGACAGUCGGCAGCGGGGUCACCGGGUUCCGGAUACAACAGGCCAUCCUCUUUCGGUAGCGGUGGCAACAAACCCCAGCUGAACACGGGGGCCGCGAACGGGGGUGCCUCACCCUUCAGACAGUCGGCAGCGGGGUCACCGGCUUCUGGAAACGGCCGGCCUUCCUCUUUCGGUGGCGAUGGUGCCAGACCCCAGCUGAACGCGGGAAGGCCGAACGGGGGUGCCUCAUCCUUCAGACAGUCGGCAGCGGGGUCACCGGCUUCUGGAAACGGCCGGCCUUCCUCUUUCGGUAGCGGUGGUGCCAGACCCCAGCUGAACGCGGGAAGGCCGAACGGGGGUGCCUCAUCCUUCAGACAGUCGGCAGCGGGGUCACCGGCCUCCGGAAACGGCCGGCCUUCCUCUUUCGGUAGCGGUGGUGCCAGACCCCAGCUGAACGCGGGAAGGCCGAACGGGGGUGCCUCAUCCUUCAGACAGUCGGCAGCAGGGUCACCGGCCUCCGGAUACAACAAGCCAUCCUCUUUCGGUAACGGUGGUGCCAGGCCCCAGCUGGACACAGGGACUGCGAACGGAGGUGCCUCAGCCUUCAGACAGUCGGCAGCGGGGUCACCGGCUUCCGGAUACAGCAAGCCGUCCUCUUUUGGUAGCGGUAGCAACAAACCCCAGCUGAACGCGGGAAGGCCGAACGGGGGUGCCUCGCCCUUCAGGCAGUCGGCAGCGGGGUCACCGGCUUCCGGAUUCAACAAGCCGUCCUCUUUCGGUAGCAGCAGACCAUCCUCUUUCGGAAACAGCAAGCCAUCCUCUGCCAGCAACACCAGGCAGUCUGCGUUCAGCAACGGCGGCAAGCCGUCUUCCUUUGGCGCCCAGCCCUUCCCCGCUGGGUCCAGCAACCAGUACUCCAGCGUCAACGCGCCGCAGCCGGCUGGUGGUGCGGCCAGCCGCCCCAGCGGCGCAGGCCUCCACAGUGACCCGAGCGUGCACCCAAGCCAGAUGGUGUCGGGGCUGGCGCUGGGCGGUCACAUGAAGAAGAGCGCGGCGUCCGCACCGCAGCCCGAGCCGAUCGGCUACUCCUACCUGCCGCCCAGCCGGACGUAGCGUCCGUCAGCGGCGGCGACACGGCUGUGAGCGGCCUGCCAGGGCUUCGACAGCGGCGGUCUGCCAGGGGUUCGGUAGCUGCGGCCUGCCAGGGCUUCGGUAGCUGCGGCCCGCCAGGGCUUCGGCAGCGAUGGUCUGCCAGGGCUUCGGCAGCGGCAGCCUGCCAGGGCUUCGGCAGCGGCGGCCUGCCAGUGCUUCGGCAGUGGUGGUCUGCCAGGGCUUCGGCAGCGGCGGCCUGCCAGGGCUUCGGCAGCGACAGCCUGCCGAGGCCGGGCCGAAGACGCCGCUGGAAACCGGGCUGGCUCCCAGCGGCGUUCGGCGCCAGCGCUCGGCGGCGCCUCAGUGGAGACUGAGCCGUGCUUCCAGUGGCAUUCAGUGGCGGCUGGGACUUGCUUCCAGCGGUGUCUCGGCGGGGUUUUCGGUCGUACUUUCAGCACCGCCUAGGCGUUGGCUGAAGAUGGGUUCUUUUGUCACCAGAGCGCUUGCAGUGGCGUCGUUGUUUUGGUUCUGUCGGUGAUGACUUUGUCCCUGGUAUCGUUCAAAAAUAAACGGGCGCGAGAUGUUC